AUGUCAUCCGCACCCGAUAUCGAUCCAUAUGCCGUGUUAGGGGUCCAGAAAGAUGCGACGUUACAGGAGAUCAGAACCGCCCACCGAAAGCUUGUGCUGAAAUGUCAUCCUGAUAAGAUCAAGGACGAAUCCCAGCGAAGUAAGGCCCAGGAUGAGUUCCAGAAAGUCCAACAAGCCUAUGAGCUUCUGUCUGAUGAGACAAGGAGGAUCAAGCAUGACCAAAAAGUUCGACUGGCUGAACUUCGGCGCGAGAUGAUGGCACGCGGAGGAAUGCCACGGACCGGUGGACCGAGUGCCCGGGAGUAUCGCGAUGGGCGCAUCUAUGAAGAGAGAACCCCCGCCGACACCUUCGAUGAGGAUAUCCCCUUCGUCGAAGAGCCGCGAACCAUGUCUCGCAAAUAUGAAGAAUUUGGAAAGCGUCAACGCCCCAAGGGAACAGAGGACAAAAAGAAGACCAAAAGCGUUCCUGUUAGCACUCGUGCUGCGAAGGAAACGGCUCGCGACAGCGCAAAAGCAACCCACUCCAAUCGGGCCAAGUACCGUACCAAGGAACGACGACGGGAAGCUUAUGAGAAGUAUGAACAGACGUAUGGGGAAUCCGACGAUGAUGGUGCCUCCGACUCCUCAACCUCAUCCAUCUAUGUGCGUGUCAAGCGUCCCUCGGAGUCACGACGAGCCCGGGAGUCGUCCUCUCGAAAGCCCAAGCCUGCCGACUCCCCUCGCAGAGCCAAUCCUCUACGAUAUGAAGAGGAAGACUAUGCCGACGAAUGGAACAAACAUGACAAACUACAAAGUACCGCCCGAGAUUACAUACUCCGUUCCCGGGGAACGGCCCCAGUUGAGAUCGAUGGGCGGCACCGCUCUUCGCGCUCACCUCUUCGCCAUCGCGAGUACGAGUCUGCUGAGCCAGAAUCGUCCGCUUCCAGACGCUCGGGCCGAUCAGCCCGGUCUAGUAAAGAAACUGUGCGAGGGACCUCCCGCCAUGGUUCGUAUGAGCAUCUCGAACCUCAGGCCCGCUCCUAUGAACACAAAGUCCCAAGCAUGCCAACGGCCGCCACCUCACCAGGAAUCAAAGGGUCCUCUGCUGCGCGGCCUUCUCUGUACCCUUCGCGGUCUGCAACUACGCAUUCGCACUCCCGAUCUAAACGGGACUCGAGCCGGUCGGAUCAAGUUCUUUUGGGCAUGGUUUACCCGGAUGGCCCUCCACGAGCCUCCAAACUAAGAAGCACAGACCGGUACGACUCGGGCUAUUCCAGCCCUGGUACUCCGGAAAUGACACCCGGGGAAAGCCCUUCCAAGCCCUCCUCUACCCGCUAUAAGAUAGUCACCGAACCAGACACUGUUGUGGUAGAACCCAGCAUGCUGUCGCCUCCCCAUCCUUCUCCGAGACGCACGAGGACGUAUUCACCACCACGCCAAGAGCGCCCUUCGCGGCCUGCUCCUAAACAGGUUCGGAGUAGCGCGGCCUAUCCUUACGCACCCGAUCCGUCGUCCACUCGUUACGAAGCCACCCGACCCAGCAAUUCCCGACAGUCGUCAUCUCGAACCCUCUUUAAUGAGGUGGAGUACAGUACGCGCGUGAAGGAUAAGGACGUCAAAUACGCCCGAGAAAUCGGGCCGGAACAUGUCAUUUAUACCACCCGUGAUACCCGUGAUGCGUACCCCCGGAGUCAUUACGAUGAUUACCGCAAUCCACUCAUGGGACGACGACAAUCAGCUUACGCAUAA